CCAUUCACUGCCACAACGCAUAUCGGCCGUUGCCCGCGCACGAUUACGCUGGUUGAAGCUGCCCCGAGCUCUGUCAUCCUGCUUGAAUCCCUGCAUCUUCAUCCGCUAUUGCUAGCGACAGCAUUGCAGUAUGCCGCCUGCGCUCAGUGACCACGAGUCCUCGGACGCCGAAGAAGUGCCCCCCACGAGAACGCAAACCAAGAAGCCAGUCGAAGAAGACGCCGUGCAAGACGCCGACGAGGAUGAGGACGAGGAUGGCAGUGAUGUUGGCGAGGAUGAAUAUGUAGUCGAGGCAAUCUACGGUCACCGCUUUCAAAAGGGCGUCCUCCAAUUCGACGUCAAGUGGGAUGGAUACGACGACCCCAAAGACCGGACCUGGGAGACUGAAGACAAUAUGGAGGGGGCCAUCGAUGUCAUGAACGAGUACUUUGCAAAGAUCGGCGGCCGUCCAGAGCCCAAGGGCCAGAAGCGCAAAGGACGGCCAUCUAUCUCCGGUACCAAAUCCGCGUCGGGGACCCCGACAGCGAGCUCGAAGCGUCCGAAAUCAGAGAAGGCGCAUCGGGUGGAGAAGGCAUGGAGCCCGCCACCAGGAUCGUGGGAACACGAUGUCAGCUAUGUCGACACAGUGGAGGAGAUGCGUGACCCCAAAACGGGCGAGCUGGGCAAAUUCGUAUACCUGGUCUGGCUCAACCAGCAGAAGACGCAGCACCCACUCAAGCACGUCUACCAAAAAUGCCCCCAAAAAAUGCUACAAUAUUAUGAAAGCCACCUCGUCUUCACACACACUACCGACGAGCCUCCCAAUGACGAAUAGAAAACGCCUUCAAGCACAAUGCACGCAGAGAGCUCUAAGGCGCCACGGCCGGGUGACUUGGCCCCGCAGGCGCCUCGGGAGCCCGUGGCGCC